AUGCAAUUCGACUCGUUGACUAUGGUUCCUCGGAACCUAAAGGAGGCCAUUGACUGGUUGCUCGCCACGGAGGUCAAUGAGGAUUCAAAAAUCUGGUGGUCAAUGGGUCAGGCACUUACCAGUCUGUUCGAACGCCAGCCUGCUGGCGUGAAGGUGUUGCCAGCCCUUGAGGUCAUAAAACAGGUUAGUAAGGACUUCCUGGAGCAGAAAGAGCUCAGGAGCCUGCCAUUCGUUAAAAGUUUGCUGCAAAAAUUCUAUCAGCCCAAGAGUAAUACUACCGGCGAUGGCCCUGAAAUUCAAAAGAAGCACGUCGGAUCGGCCAGGGGUGUCGGUCCGAGAACCAUGGCAAGGAGCGUAUGCAGAACUUUGUAUGUUUGCGAUUUGUUCUUGGAUGAUAUAAAACAUCCCGACCAGUACACUUCUGCUUACGAUUCCGAAGUGACGUGGUUUGGAUCGUGCAAGGAUAACCCGGAGGCUUGCGCAGUGGUCUUCGUGGGGAUUGCGCCUAUGUUAUACGCAGGCCUACGUUCUUUAAAGGAAGCGAGCAAAGCUGCAUUGGAAGAAGGGCCGGGCUCUAAGGCAGAAUUACGUUUGGCAGAGUUGUUGAAAGCCGUGGGUUACGACGAGCCGGAAUGCAAAGAGGACUUAACUGCUCCAGAUGUCCACAAGGCUUUGAGAGGUGUAGAUAUGCCAAUGUUGUACACAAUCUACGACUUCGCUGGAGUCUGGGGCUUCUAUUGA